AUGGUCCGCGAUAUGGCUCCAGUUGGAGGAAUAUGCGUGAAGGAGUUGUUCGAAGUGAAUAUUGCACCGAUGGUAGCCCAGCUCACAUAUCGAUUUUUCGAAAAGAUGAUGCUGUUUUUCUUCCCUGGUCGUAAUAUUCACAAAGAAGAUAAUCUGGAUGCUGUUGAAGAGGGUACUCCGAAGUUCUCGUUCACUCGUCGUUUCGCCGGUACAUUAAGCAUGCGGAGUAACAAAGCUGCGCAAGUUGACCGGAAGGCAAGCAGUAUCGGUGGAAAGAGCAUUACUGGAAAGCAACCACUCGAGUUUGAAUUGACGGACAUUGACAAAAUGAGGGAACGUGCGGACAAUAACAAUUUCUUUGUAUAUAUAAAAAUCCCUGAAGUUCCGUUUGUAGUAUCUUAUAAGGGUAACAAGGAUAAAAACAUAGAGGAUGUAGACCGAUUCAGUUUUCUGUUUCCUUUAUGUGAGUUCCAUGAAAGGAAUUGGACAUGGCUUGAUGUAGCACUGGCGGUGAAGCAACGAUGCAAACGGGUAUUACUGCAACAGGUAAAGAGA